CCGGGUUCUAGAAAUUUAAAAUUCAAUAUGGCAGAAAAUGGAAACACAAAAUUUAGUGAAGAAUUCGAUAGAAACUCCAACGAUAAAACUCAUAAAGGCGGAACUAGUGAUUGCAGCAAGAUAGUUCAAGAUACAGAGGAAAUCAAGGACAAUAAUUCAAAAGCUGAGACAGGGUUUGUCAGUAAAGCUGAGCUGAGUAAUUUACCAGGAAGAAUGGCACAUGUUGAAAGUCACGUUCUAACAAUACAGAAGACAGAAACAAUGGAUGUUAGUGGCUCAGAUGAUAAGAUAUCAGCGCUGAAAAUCCCUGCGUCUCAACGGACUGAUCCCUGUAUUAGCCCUGACAAUGUCACACCUGAACGAAAGCGCAGACGCAUUCAGCAUGAUUAUCGAAGACUGUCAAGUUCUGGAUAUUUGGAUGAUUAUACAACCACGGUCAAGGAAAAGCGAUAUUCAACAAGCGAAUCAGAGCUUAGUCUCUCACCAACACCUCCAAAGGUGAAGCCCUUGAAAAUCAAGAUACCAAAGCAUUCACCAAGGGGUGAAGAAGAAAUUGAAACUGAGCUUGGUGCAGUGAAAGAAGAUCAUGAGCACAAGCAUAAAGCACACAAGCACAAGCAUCAUAAACACAAACAUAAGAAGUCAAAGAUGAAUGGUGACUCUGAGUCCCCACCCAUAAGCAACAAUGACCUCAAACAAAAGCCAUUAUCCAAUACUGAUGAUUCUAUAAAGGAAGAGAACAAUAGCAAAGUGAAGAAUGACAUGAACUUAGCCAAUCCAUCGGAGGAGUCGCAACUCAUGCCUAACAAAAAAGAAAAGCAUGUCUCACAGUCAGCGAAAUCUAAUAAGGAUGGUGGAAAAUUUAGGACUCCAACUUCAGAUAUAGAAGCUGAAAAAGUUGUUAAGAAACACAAAGAUCGAAGCCAACAUAUUUCGAAACCUGAAAAACAGGAAAAUGAAAUCUUGUCAUUGUCAAAGGUAAAAGAAGCAAAAGAGGCUAUGCUGAAAAGGACGGGGAGUCAAGAAACAAUUCACAAAGGCAAGCAGGAUGCAACAAAAACCACAUCAAGUUCCAUUAUUGACUCAAACACAGCUCCUCAGAUGAAAGUCCCAGUAAAUCAAAUAAAACAAGAAUUUGCUGUUCCUAAUCAGAAAACUCUUGUUAUACCCCAAACAGUCCAGAAUGUCCAGAUCAAGCAAGGUACAACAACACAACCUGUAGUGAUAAAUGCAUCGGAGAAACCAACUCAGCCUAUAGUUAGAGUCAUUAGUCCUGGACUCAGCAUGAAAUCACCAAGGAUUGCACAUACUCCAAAAUCUACCCAUCUUCAAAUGCCAGAGAAAAAACAAAUACAUAUCAUUACUAAGAAGCAGAAUAUUUCUCUUUUGCCAACAUCAGAGGCACAAGACAAGCAGCAUCCCAAAACACCUACUAAAACUCUCCCUGUGUCAAAGUUUGAAAUUAAAUCACCAAACCCAUUGGAUACGAAGGAGUUUUUUAUGAAGAAGGCAGAUCCUAGUGAAACAAUGGCAUGCCCUCAUCCUCUUGGAGUAAAAGGUAUCAUUGCAAGGAGGCAAAGUGAACCUGCGAUUAAGCCCAAAGAUCUGAAUUCUCCAAAGUCUCAAAGUGCCACUAAAUCCAAGAAGUCAGCAACCAGACAUGCCAGUGAUUCUAGCACACCAAAGAAGAUCAAGACCCCUAAGUCCACUCAAAAAGAUAUCAAAUCUAAGGACACUCCUACAAAGGUCCACAAAUCAAAAGACACUCCUAAAAAGGAGCAAAAAAUUCUCUCAGGGACUGUUAAAAAACACAUUGCACAUAAAAUUGAAAUUGAUGCACUCAAGCAACAAUUUCACGAAGCUGCAAAUCGUAAGAUUGAAAGUGGCUCUGAGGUGAAGCAGCCUGUAUCUAAUGGUAACUCCUUUAUCACUGAUACAGACAGAACAAUCCGGUCUCUUAAGGGCCCAGCUGGUGAUGUCCCUCAGAAGUACAAAGAUCUAAUGCAUAUAGAAGUUGAUCGUAAUGGAGGGGCAUCAGUCAUCCAUGUAUACCAAGAUGAGCUGGCAAGUUUGUCUAAAGCAGAAAUGGAUGAAUUCGUCGAUGUGUAUUUUGAGGAGGUAUAUAGAGAAGCUCCCUUUGGCUGUUCUAAACAUGUCAUGGGGAUUGUCCAUGGUGCCUGCCGCUACAUGCCAGACCUGGUGGAUUACUUUGGGACCCUGUAUGAGCAAAUGACGAUUAAAACAAGCACAAUGGGUAAAAAUGACAUUGACACAACAAGCAUGGGGAAGUUCAGGGAACAUGUCAAUGCAACAUACUGUAAUGGGACCUACAGAUACGGUCCAUUGUUGCAGCUCAGUCUUGUUGGCACGGUUCAUGAAGAGGUUGGGGAUUAUUUCCCAGAUUUCUUGGAUAUGAUGGAACGUGAGCCAUUUUUGAAAGCUGUUGCACCCUGGGGUCCUUGGUCCUCCACACAGAUGGCAGAUAGAUCAAUGAGUAACGAUGGCCCUAUAUUAUGGUGUAGGCCUGGAGAACAGAUGGUACCCACUGCAGAUAUGCCUUCCAACACCAAAUCUCCAUUUAAGAGAAAGAGGGGUAUAAAUGAACUACGUAAUCUGCACUAUCUGCCAAGAGCCUCUGAAACGAGGGAAACAUUGGUUGAGGAUCGUACUAAGUGCCAUGCUGACCAUGUGGGCCAUGGGUUUGAUAGAUGUACCACAGCUGCCGUGGGAAUGCUGAAAGGAAUCUAUGGGGGCACUCAUCCUCCAGAAUUGGAUCGUGUAACGAAAGAUGUGAUAUGCUUCGAUGCCAGCAGUUUUAUGACAGUCGUUAACCAAAUGCAGCUAGAUCUUCAUGAGCCACCAGUUUCACAGUGUGUGACCUGGGUAGAGGAUGCCAAAUUGAAUCAGUUAAGACGAGAAGGCGUGAAAUAUGCUCGUAUACAACUCCGUGAUAAUGACAUCUACUUCAUACCUCGUAACAUCGUUCAUCAAUUCAAAACUGUAUCUGCUGUGACCAGUAUAGCUUGGCACAUUAGGCUUAAACAGUACUACCCUGAGUUAAAUAGCCAACAACAAUCUGAUAAUAUGAAUGCUACAAAUGCAACUGAAAAGGAGCAAGGUGAAACACAAAGUGUCCUAGUGAAUGGUGUAAGCGAGAAAUCUCCCGAGGGACCUCAAAAUAAGGAAACAGCGAAUGUCUCGAGCAAGAUACAUUCCAGUGAAAGAUCAGAAAAGGUGACUUUGAAGAAACAAAUUUCUGGAGAUAUGGACACUGAAAGUCCAUCAAAGAAGCCAAAACUGGAGAAAACUUCAAGUGAAAAACUCAAUGAUAAAUCUGCUUCAAAAAAGAAACCAGUGGCAACUGGACCAAAUUAUAUAAUAUCUCAGGAAGGAAAAGUGGAAACAAAAUCUGUCAAGAAACUCAAUAUGUCAGGUGAAGACGUUCAUAUCAGUAGGAGUAAACCUAAGACUGAUAGCUCUAAACAAAAGGAUCAUUCAUCUCAUAAACACAGAAAGUCAGAAAAACAUACUGACAAGAAACAGGAUAAAGUAAGAGUGGAGGAAAGCAAAAAGGAAAGCAAUAUCGAGGAUAAGGACAAUAAAAGCAAAGAGAACAAACCAGUGGAUAUUAAUGGAAAGGCUCAAAACAUAGACAAUGAUAUGUUAAAACCACAGAAUGAAUCCAACAGUGAUGUAAAAACUGAGCAACGUGAAAAGUCUCGACAUAGACACCGCUCUGGGAGUUCCAGUCGCAGCGGAGAAAGUUCACGUUCACAUCGUCAUGACAGCCCAGGUCAUAAAAGCUCCAGUUCAAGUAGCAAAUCAAAGCACAGGUCCAGUCAUUCUAGUUCCAGUCAUAGACAUUCAAGAUCACAUGAUCAUAAAAGUGAGAGGCAUCGAAGCCAUAGAAGUCAUGAUUCUAGUAGUCAUAGGAAAAGUAGUCAUCGGAGUGAUAGUUCUCGGCAUAGACAUCAUAAACACUCAAGUCACAGAUCUGAGAAAUCUGAGAAAUUAGAUAGAAAUAAGGCAUCUGUUGACUUGGUUACAGAAGAUCCAAGUUUAGAAAUUAAAGACUCUCGUAUUAUAGAAGCUGAUAACAAAGUGGAGAGUAAAGAAUCUAGCAACAUAAAGAUGAAUGAUAAAUCCGGUGAGAAUGAAAAUAUUGGUACUGUUUUAAAAGAUGAGAAGUCUGUUGAAAAUGAAGACAAGGCCACAAUAUGUAUAGACACAUCGGGCACUAAUAGUAACCCCAGCAUCAUUGUAACAAAAGAUAACUCAUGUGAAAAUAAAGAUAUUGUAAAUUCAGAAGAUAAUUCUGGAACAAUUAAAGAAGAUGUUAAUCCGACAAAGUUGGAAUCAGAUGAAGUUGAUAAAUCAGAUGAAACCAGUGAACUGACAAAUAAGGAGGAUGAAAUAAAUAAUGUGUCUGAUGAACCCAUUAACAAUGACAUUAAACCAGUGAAUAACAUCACCGCUGACGUAAAUCUAACUAUAGACAAUUCUUAUAUAGUGUCCAAAGAAAAUGACACUCAAUGUGAUGAGUUGCCAGAAAAUACCUCGGACAAACAUGUUGGUAGUAUCUCAAACGAUGUUGAUGAUUCUAAAAACAUUACUAAAAGCGAAGGUAACGAUAGUGUUGAGAGGGGAGUUGAUGUUGUUCAUGACACAGAAGCCGUUGGAAAGGACUCUAUAAGUGAAGACUCUAUUCUAACAACAGCCUCAGUAGACUCCAAUUCAGAAAUAUUGGCCACAAAAAGUAAAUCUGAGAGUGAGUUAGAUAUCACAAAAAAAGAUAAAUGUGAGAAAACACUAGAUGUUAAUUGUGUGACUGUGGAAAUGAAGACAAAUGAUGAUAAUGCUCAGGCUGAUGAGAGCAAGGUUGAUGAUAAAGCUGAUGUGAGUGAUCAUGAAGAUGUGGAUGGUGGAACUGGCCAGACUGCAAUGGAAGUGGACAUAUCACAUUCACAACCGACUACUGGAGACAACACCAAGCUGCCUACAGUUGAGCUUAUGGAAACUAACUGAAUGCUAAAAUUAUCCAGUUCUAUUUAAUACUACAUGUGUAAUCUAAACACCGACAAGACCAAAAAAGAGUUGCAAAGAAAGGUUGGUUAUCUUACAGAUGUAUAAUUGAAAGCUAUGCAGGAUUUAACAAAUGUUUAAAUCAUUGUAGACCAUGAAUUUUCUUCAUCCAUUCAAUUUUGAUGGACUUC